CGACGUCAUCAAAACAGUGGCCGCGUCUGUUCGUCAUCAUCUUCCUUUCCCUCGUCCACACACACCCCGAUACACACAGAGAUAAACACACACUGAGACUCUAUUCACAAAGCCGCAGUGAUGCUCCAUCUCUCGACGGAAAGAAGCCGCGGUGUGUUCUAAGCGGACCGGCCGAGAGCGUUGUUCAGCGGGCGGCUGACUGACUGAGCUCCCCCGCGGGGUGUCGGCGGCGGCGAUGGUGGAGCAGUCUGACCGCGCUCCGCUGCUGGACUGGGAGGAGGUUCCCCCUGGCCAGCCGCCCCCCAGCGGCCCCUCUCUGGAGCCGGCGGACUCCGUGGGCUCGGACCCGCAGAGGUGCCGCCCUCAGGGCUGGGAGGGAGCCGGCCUGGGCUGGCCUUCGAGUCCUGGAGCUCCGGGCGGCGGAACAGCUGUUAGAAGCACUAGCCCGCGAUCCCCCUCCACACAGGCCGGGCCUGAGGGGGACGCUGGGGCCACAGACGAGGAGGGAGACUGCGCGUUCACCGGGCUCUCGGUUAAAGAGCGCCGGGUCACAGAAUGGGAGGAAAAGGACCAAAUUGUUGCUGUGUUCGUGGUGACCUUCGACACCAGAUCAGGAAACAUGGUGGAGUGGUGCUUACCUCAGGAUGUGAACCUGGAAGGGGUGGAGUUCAAGUCUAUGGCCAGCGGCUCUCAUCGGAUUGCGAAUGAUUUCAUAUAUUUCCGGAAGGGCUGUUACUUUGGGCUGGCAUGCUUUGCUAAUAUGCCAGUGGAAAGUGAGCUGGAAAGAGGGGCUCGAAUGAAGUCUGUAGGCAUUCUCUCUCCGUCUUACACCCUGCUGUACCGCUACAUGCACUUCCUAGAGAACCAGGUCCGGCAUCAGCUACAGUGCCCAGGCCAGUACUCUCCACUGGAGGCAUUCUAUGAGGAUAAGAAGGCUGUGCUUCCCUCUGGAGGGAACGGCCUGGUCACUGCCUGCCCCACCAGUGCCCUGGGGACCAUGGUUAACCGCUGCAUGCAUCCAGAGAUGAAGAUCACACAUCCUGCUGGCUGUAUGUCCCAGUUUAUCCGGUUCUUUGGGGAGCAGAUCAUGGUGUUGUGGAAAUUUGCCUUGUUAAGGAAGCGUAUUCUCAUCUUCUCCCCUCCCCCUGUCGGAGUGGUCUGCUACCGGGUAUACUGCUGCUGUUGCCUUGCUAACGUGUCCAUACCUGGGAUUGGUGCCUCCGUGCCGGAGUUCCGCCCCUUCUUCUACAUCAACGUGGCUGACAUCACAGCUCUAGAGACAGAGCUGUCCUACGUGGCUUGCACCACAGAGAAGAUCUUUGAGGAGAAGAAGGAGCUGUAUGACGUCUACAUAGACAACCAGAAUGUGAAGACACACCGGGAGAGCCUGCAGCCUCUGCUUCGAAUCAACAAUGCUGACCGGGAGAAGUACCGCAAACUCAGCGAACAGAGGCAGUUGUUGCUGUAUUCUCAGGAGGUUGAUGGAGAUUGCACGUCUAAUGAGGAAGACCUUUUUAUUCUGUUCUUUAUGGAGCAGAAUAACCGCAUCUUCCAGACUCUGUUGGAGGUGGCAGGAAGUGCUGACCCCACUUUGACUGCUGAGCACGUGCGAGCCAUGGGACUGGACCCACAAGGUGAUCGUGGUUUCCUGGUGGACCUUCUGGAGGUCUAUGGCAUCGAUGUCAUGCUGGUUAUCGACAAUCCCUGCUGCCCGAGCCAGUACUGACCCCCUGGCCACAACGCUGGACCGCCCUGAUAUACUGCCAACACUCCAGGGCACUGUCUCUCCUUCAGGCUUUGGUACACUGCUGCCUUCACACCCCCUGGCUCAUCUGUCUGCUUGUGUGCAUCUUGUACGUGCGUGUACGUCUGUGUGUGUUUGCUCAAUAUCCUUCCAGCCACCUCUGGGUUUCCUACUCUUUUGCGCCUCCGCUCACAUCUUGAUAAAUGACGAAACUGAUCUCUGUGCCUCUUGUUAUUGCUUGCAAUGUGUGGAGCUCAAUUGUGACUUUGUUCUUCUAGCCAGCGCUGUUUUGGGGAUCUGAUGUAAUGUCCCUUCUUGCUGGGUCUCGAAUGUUCUUCAGCUGGACCCCAGACACUAAACAUGGAGCUGUCCAGCAACGGAGCCACUCAAGAAGCCAACGAUUGCCCUUCAUCGUCUUGUCACAUAAAUGUUUUUCAGAAACGGUUUUCUGACCUGAACUGUACCAACCAUGCUGGAUUUUUCAUACUGGAUCCAUAAUUCCCUGCAGUAUUGACUUGACUCAUUCCAGAAAUAUGUAAUUCACCAUAAUCGUGUCAUCAGUUUAUACCUGCUGAACGGCAACCUCAAUAUGAUGAAUGACUUUUUUGUUUUUGGAUUUCACAAAAGCUUAGUAUCUAAGAGUUUGACCAUCUUUGCCUCUCUCGCUACACUGAUGCUGGACCCAACGGAUAAUUUAAUUUUGGAUGAAUUUUGAUGAAGGAAAGAAAUCAUUUGGCCUAAAAAACCUACAUGUAUAUAUUUAUUGAUCUAAGUACUAAUCAAACCUUUGAAGUCAUCAGAUAAGUUUUCUGAUGGGUCUCCAGGGUGGCUUUGGUUGUGGUCCUUCUUGCCUUGCUUCAUUGUAGUACUUUAUACUGUACAUCGGCCACAGACGUGUCAACUACUGUAUGUACUGUAUGUCCAAAUGUGCAACAGUCAUUAAGGACCACUAGCUGCAAACUGUGGUAUAACAUGUAAUUUGGUGCAGCUUGUUUGUUUUUUUUUUUGUUUUUUUCAGCAGUUUACUCAUAUUAAUACAGGAAAAUUCCACUAUUUUUCAGAGUCUUUUAGAGUGGUUUACUCAAAGUUAACAAAUACUUUGUUUCAUGUCUAUAUAGAAAUAUUAAAUUCAAGGUCUUUUGAGUGAAGCAUUUAUUUCACUCAUCGCUCUGCUCUCUGUCGGUUAGGAGGUUAUUCUGAUUUGUUCUCCUCUUUUGUGUUCCUGCCUGGGGCCUAAUGAUUGCGUCAUAUUUUGAAUUAAACCACUCUAAAUGAUUCUGUUUACAUUAACAAUUGAAUUCUGCUGUAGUUGGAGGUGAAAUUCCUCUUUGAGAAAGUUUACUUGGCUCUUUUGACUUGUUCUUGUUUCAUAUUUUGAAAUAUGUUUUGGCUCCUCAGGCAGUCCUGCUUUAGAAUCCUCACAAUCUGGUCCUUCGUGGGACCUGUAUAAAAUGAUUAUACUAAAAAUAAAUAACUUCACAAUAUUGAAUAGUUAUUCUGUCUAAAUACUAAUAAGACAGAAGAGGUAUACAUGUGCUUGUGCUGUACAGGGCUUUACUCGCUUGUCACUGUUGUUAUUGACGAUUGUAAAUUAUUGUACAUGUUUGCUGCACCACACACAGCACAGCUGGUGGACAUAUGGACACCUAUGUAUUUUGUUUGUGAGUGUGUGUGUUUGUGUGUGGAGAGAUACGAAUGUGAUUUUCUCAAUGACUUACCAGUGAAUGCUGUAUUACUUGUUAAGAGACUUUUUUUGACUGUAUUGUUUGGACUCCAUGUUUUAAAUGUACAAAAUGCUGUGUUUGAUUCACAUAGUACAUUUUAUUGGAGCCAGCAGGAUUAAGUCAGCGGGUGUUUUCUAGCAAGAUGGCUAGAUUUUGUGUGCCUGUGUAUGUGUGUGUUUAAUGCUGGGUGUUUAUCCUUUAAGUACUCUUGGUCUGGAGGGGGGAGAGAUGUGCAUUCUUAUCUAGACAGCUCCUGUUUAUAGAUUAUAUGCAGAUUACUCUUUGUUCAUUGUAAUCCUUGAGUAGAUCAUAGAAUGAGAAGCCAGCCCCCUGCUUAUUAGUAGACAUUGUGUGGCUUUGAGAGGGUGAAGCCCUUGACUCGCUAACUAAGGCCAGGUUCAUACUACUUGAGUUUGUUUCAGAGUCACUAAAUUGUUGCAUCUUUAACAUCACAUAACCUGUUGUUUUGUAUUUGGGAAUCGUUCAGCCAAUGUGGUUUGAAAACUGACCACAGGAACAGGGUCACAAAAUAUAGUCUUUCCUCAAGAGGAAAACGCAUGCAAGAACUGGAAGAACAUUUUUCUUCCAAAAUGUAAGAAACGUCUGUAAGAAACAAGUGACACAAUUGUUUUGCUCUCACAUUUGCUGUUGCAGUUGCAUAUAGAAAAUCAAGCUUAAAAUCAUGUAGGGUGAACCUGGUCUAAGCCUCCAUUGUGUUGCUAGAGGCCUGGGUUGGGGGAUGCUCUUCUUGGUGUACUGUACUGACAAGCUGGGGCACAGGGUGGGGGUUAAGGAUUAGCCCCAAUUCGUACAGACAAGUGUCUACUUGUUUUGGGGGCUGUCUAUCCAGUGACCCUGUUUCUGCUGAUUGUGUAAACAGGAAAAAGACCCCAUUGUCCAAUAUAUAUUCUAUUAAAAGCUUAAGAUCCUUGUUUUUUCAGAAUUUAAUUUAAAUUUGUGUUUUAAAUGUCCUCAGUCUACAGCUGUAAUUAUAUACUACCCACACUGCUUUGGCUGGACCAACUUUUUGUGCAAAGUGUGAAUGUAAUUGGACCUUAAGGACUACGUUGUUCCUUUUAAGGGUAGAUAAAGCAUCUCUUAAUUUAAUUGUGUGGGAGGCAUAAACACAGCCUCCCCCUCUCCACUGUACACUAAGGGUAGGGGGGCAGUGUGGCUGCAGGAUUUUAUUUGUUUAACAAUUAGCAGCCAUACCGGACAGCCCCAUCUUGGAGGAUACACCCAGAUUUUUGAUUACUGUUGGUGGUUUUCACUAAAAUGUCAAAUAGAAGACCCUCACUAGACUGAGGGGUGGCAAUACUGUUAAAUUCCAAUACACUGUUAUACUUUUUAUUGCUAUUCUUAUUAUAUACACUGUAUUUAAACUAUUACACCCAUAAUCCAGCACCCAAUCUGCACACCAAAGGUGGACUGCACAUACUGUCUUCUCUACUUUGUGGUAAUGAGUGCAGGCACUCGUUAUGUGACUGGGAUUGACUAGGAAGAGGAUGGUUCUGUCUGGAUAUUGUAUAUUAUUUUAUAAUACACGCUAAAAGGUAUUUAAUUUAAAUCAGCAACAUAUAAUUAUAUUAAGUAAUACUGUUGAAUUUCUGUGGCUUUCUUCCUCUGUCUUUCCUAUUGUUGUUGAUUGUGCAUUUCCUUUCCUGUGCAGUUUCUUGAGAAACAGAAUUAAAUUAAGCUAUUUCUGUUGUUGUCUGAUUCUAUAAAGCUUACAGAGGAAUGUACAAUAAUGAGCCAUGUAACAUAUAUUUGCAGAGGUGGAAUUCUUUAUCAUGUAUGUAUGAAUACUUAAUCCAACACGCUUUUGUUUUGUGUACUGACUGAGCAUUAAAAUGGGUCAUUGACUCACACAGACACACUCACACACACAUACUCACACAUACACUCACACUGUACGAAUGUCAAGUUCCACUCAGCUGACAUCAGCACUAGUUAACACUUCUGUGUCGCACCACAUACUGUAACAGCAUGUAUCUCUUGGUUUAAAGCCAGUGAUUCUUAUUCACUGCCAUUUUGAAAUAAACUUUUCUCUUUA